GUCCAAAAUAUUGGCCAAAUGCUGAUGGUCAUAAUCAGUCACCAAUAAAUUUGGAUUUAUGUUUGAUGAAAUACAGUACUGCGGAUCCAUUUAAAUUUUUGAAUUAUAAUGUAAAAUUAAAAGGUGAAAUUAUCAAUAAUGGACAUUCCGUACAAGUGAAACCAAAUUUUGGAAGUAAAAUGCCAGAAAUUCGAGGUGGCGGUCUUGAUCAAACAUAUCGUUUGGUACAGUACCAUUUCCACUGGGGACUACAUGAUAAUGAAGGUUCUGAGCAUACUUUAGCCAAUUUACAUUAUCCGGCUGAGCUACAUCUUGUCCAUGAAGGUCUCACAAAUCCCAACAAAUUAGCCGUUAUUGCUGUCUUCUUUGUGCUUGGUUUUGAUGAUAAGGCGUUGUUUCAAGAAUGCACCGUUCUUAAUAAAAUAAUCGAUCCAGCACAAAGUCACCCAAUAAAAGAAAUUCUUUUGGAUGAUAAGCUACCAAAAAAUAGGAAAUCAUUUUGGCGAUAUGCGGGAUCUUUGACCACACCACCAUGCUCUGAGGUUGUUACAUGGACAAUUUUCACUGAACCUGUUGCUAUCACUAAAUUGCAGCUUGCACUCUUCCGAAAUUUGCGUGACAGAACAGGAAACUUAAUGAAAAGGAAUUUUCGUCCGAUACAGAAACUCAAUGAUCGUGAUAUACAUCUUGUUGUCACUGCUUGA